AUGAGUCAGUCCCUACGGACCGUGGCGUCCUCAGUAGCAGUGCGCGACUACAUCAAGCAGUACCUCUCCGGCGCCCACGGCAGCGACAAGGGACACCAGCAGGAAACGACAGCGGUGCAGCAGCUCGGUCGCUGGUUGAGUGCGAACGGCCUCCCGCUGCCCAGGGCUGUGUUCGGAUACCCCGACGCGCGCUCGUCUGAUAUUGUUGGGAGGGGCUGGUCUGCCGACGUCGUAAGGAAGGCUGCUGGUCUUUUCGAGGGCCCUGUCAAAAAAGUCGUUUCCGCAUCGGGCCUCGUUUCCACCUCCGGCUCGGACUUCGAUACAGUCUCGGCGACUGUCCUCGUUUUCACCCUCAUCCUAGGCGUCCUCAUCGGCAUCCUCGGCGUCCGCACAAUGUCUAGCUGGUCGUCGCGCUUCGGCUCAUGGAGCGGCAAGUUCAGCCCCUUUGGCCGGGGCGACAGCAGCACGGCGCCCGUCACCGACGCCGACUUCAGCUACAUCACAGCCGAAGAUCUGGCCGCGUCACAGAAGAACCUCGCAGCCGGCAGCAGCAGCGGCGACACGGACGCGCUGGUCCUCAAGCACAAGCGCGUCAGCUACCCGGUGCACUUUGCGCGUGGGGCCAUCGCCUCGGGCGCGCUGGGCGUGCGCGACGUCCGCGCCGCCGCGGCCCGCCAGCUCGGCGUCGACGACGCUUCCCGCGUCAAGCUGUUCCAUAAAGGCCGCCAGCUGAAGGACGGGAUCCCCGCGCGCGCCGCCGGCCUCGCCCCCGGCAUGGACGCCGAGAUCCUGUGCGUCGUGGCCGAGGGCGCGCCGUUCGGGGCGGGCAUGACGAGCGCGGAGCGCGCGGGGCUGGGCCACGGCGGCGGCAGCGGCGACGACGACGACGAUGACGACGACGACGGAGACGAAGACGGCAGCGCCGCGCCCGGCGGCGCAUCCAAGAAGAAAAAGAAGCGCAGCAACCGCCGCGGCGGCAAGAAGAGCCGCAAGGCAGCCGGCGGCGGCGGCGCAGACUCAUCCGGCACCGCGACGCCCAACGGCGGCGGCGUGUACAGCACGGGCGGCGCGGGCGCAGAGUUCCUGGGCGGCGCAGGCAUGGCGGGCCCGAUCCCGCCAGCACACAAGCCCGCGCCGGCGCCCGCGGCGCGCCCAGCGCCCCUGUCCCCGCUCGCCCAGCUCGACGCCAUCGAGGCCUCGUUCCGCGAGAACUUGGAGCCGCUGUGCGAGGCGUUUAUGCGCGCGCCGCCGGCCGACCCUGCGAAGCGCGAUUUCGAACAUAAGAAGCUUAGCGAGACGGUGCUGGCGCAGGUGCUGCUGAAGUUGGAUGCGGUGGAUACGGCUGGGGAGGAGGAGGCGAGGGCUCGGAGGAAGGAGCUGGUCCGCUUGUGUAAUCGCGUGUUGGGGGGGCUGGAUGAGGUCGUUAAGUCUUAGGGGUGGGGAUGGUUUGGAGUGGGUGAUUUGGGGGAAGGGGGUGGUUUAUGGGUUUAUGGGUUUGGGUUUGGGGGUUAUAGCGGGGGGGCGGGUAAAGGGCUUGUUACGAUAGAUGUGCGUGGUUAUGUAGGCAUUGAGCGAGUGAUUUGGUUCAAUUCAGUUCAGUUCAGUUCGGUUCGGUUCGGUUCUGGAUGGAUAGGUAGGUAGGUAGACAAACAACAGACAACAGACAGAACGAAUGCAUGGGUAGUUAAGC